GCUGACCAGACACCAAACUUUUGACCCGGAAGUGAAGCAUUUGAAGAUUGCAAGCCGAACCCAGUAUCUCAGUUUAGUUAGACUGACAGAGUUUAGCUUGUAUUUUAUUUUAAGGGAUUGUAGAAGUUGCUUAAUAUAUCGCAGAAGACUAAUGUUUUUGCACUUACUUUAUUAAUUGUUAAUCAGUUAUUCACUUUAAUCACUAACUGGUUGACUUCAGCAGAAUUUUCAUUCUCUGUGAUUUAAAAGAGAAAACGAAUGAAUGGCCACCUAUUUAGAUGAAGAAAAUCUUCAAAAACAAAUAGAAGAGAUAGAAGCGUUGUCAUCUAUAUAUGGUGAGGAAUGGUGUGUUAUCGAUGAAGCCUCAAGAAUAUUUUGCAUACAGGUUUCUGAUGAUCUGAACAAGCCUAAAUGGAGACUUUGCUUACAGGUUGUACUUCCUCUUGAAUAUCCCAGUACAGCCCCACCAAUUUAUCAGUUAAAUGCUCCUUGGCUUAAAGGAAAGGAUCGUUUAGAACUAUGUAACAGCUUGGAAGAAAUUUAUGUGACAAACCUUGGUGAGAGCAUUCUUUAUCUUUGGGUAGAAAGAAUCCGUGAAUUUCUUGUGGAAAAAUCACUUUCUGAUGACCCAGUUCCACAUAUCAAAUGUACUAACACCAUAAAAACAACUGAAGAAUUGGAAGUAGACUAUGAAGAUGAUUUUGACUUUGCGUAUCAGCCAGGCAUUCAGAAAGAUGCACCAAAAUUGCUUGAAUUUGUUUUACCUCAAGAAUCACAAGAUGAAGAACUUCCUCCAAUUUAUCACGGAGAGCCAAUGACGGAUCGAAGAAGUACCUUCCAGGCUCAUCUGGCACCUGUUGUAACACCAAACCAGGUCAAAAUGGUGUUGGAUAAACUGUAUGAGAACAAGAAAAUAGCAAGUGCUACUCACAACAUCUAUGCAUACAGAAUAUAUUGUGAAGACAAACAGACGUUCUUGCAGGACUGUGAGGAUGAUGGGGAGACUGCAGCAGGAGGACGUGUCCUCCAUCUGAUGCAGAUUUUAGAUGUCCGUAAUGUAAUGGUGGUGGUGUCUCGAUGGUAUGGUGGUAUCCUGCUGGGACCAGACCGUUUUAAACACAUCAACAACUGUGCCAGAAAUAUACUUGUGGAGCAUAAUUAUACAGAAUCAUUGGAUGAGUCCUGCAAAUCAGGGAAACACAAAAAAGUAAAGACCAAGAAAGGGCGAUGACAUGACUGAUGCCAUUAAGAUAGUUAAAUGGGGAUUAUGUGCAAUCGAGCAGCUGAAAGCAUGUUUAGCAUUUUUAUUAAUAGCUGAACAAGAGGAGUGUGCAGUUGGAUGUCCAGAUGAAAUAUAGGAGUGACAAAAAUAAUAUUACUGGAAUGUCACCCAAGAAUUAUGAUAAGCCUACAUUUGUUGCGUUCAGCAUUCUUUUCAUGGUUUAGUGUGGAGCACUGAUGAAGUGCUUUACCAUGUCAUAAACAUCAGUUAUUAACACUAAACAGACUUAUUACUGAAAAGUACUUAUUUUAUCUUGAAGUCAUAUAAACUAGAAAAAUUAUAAAGAACCUAUUUUGAAACGGACAUAAGUCUUUUAAUUAUAAAAUAGAAUAAUUAAUAAAGAACUUACUUUGAAACAGACAUGAUUCUCCUAAACAAACAAGUUGUAUCUUAUUUUUUUUUCAGAAACACCAGCAGAAAUUCAGGCUGCCAGUUGAUUAUUUUGUGUCUUUUUCACCGAAUGGUGUUUGCUAGUAGAUGUUUAUAUCAUGUUCAUUGCCGUUUUUUUAUUUGUAACAAAAUAGACAUUGAUAAGUAUUCAUA